UUUAUUUGAAGAAGAGAUAAUGUCUUAUGUGCCUCCACAUGCCUUACUCCACCCCAGCUACUGUCAGUCCCCGCGCGGCUCCCCUGUGUCCUCUCCCCAGAACUCGCCAGGUACGCAGCGUGCCAAUGCCCGGGCACCAGCCCCUUACAAGCGAGACUUUGAAGCCAAGCUGAGGAACUUUUACAGGAAGUUGGAGACUAAAGGAUACGGACAAGGCCCAGGGAAAUUAAAGUUAAUCAUCAGAAGAGAUCACUUACUCGAAGAUGCUUUUAAUCAGAUCAUGGCCUACUCCCGAAAAGACCUGCAGAGAAAUAAGCUGUACGUCACCUUCGUCGGGGAGGAAGGGCUGGAUUACAGUGGACCUUCCAGAGAGUUCUUCUUCCUGGUGUCCAGAGAACUCUUCAACCCAUAUUACGGCUUAUUCGAAUAUUCGGCCAAUGACACAUACACAGUGCAGAUAAGUCCCAUGUCCGCUUUUGUGGACAAUCACCAUGAAUGGUUCCGGUUCAGCGGCAGGAUCCUGGGCCUGGCGCUGAUACACCAGUACUUGCUGGAUGCCUUCUUCACGCGGCCCUUUUACAAGGCCCUCCUCAGAAUUCUGUGUGACCUGAGUGACCUCGAGUACCUGGAUGAAGAGUUCCACCAGAGCCUGCAGUGGAUGAAGGACAAUGACAUCCAUGACAUCCUGGACCUCACCUUCACUGUGAACGAAGAAGUCUUCGGGCAGAUCACGGAGCGCGAGCUGAAGCCCGGGGGUGCCAACAUCCCGGUCACAGAGAAGAACAAGAAGGAGUACAUCGAGAGGAUGGUGAAGUGGCGGAUCGAGCGCGGCGUGGUGCAGCAGACGGAGAGCUUGGUGCGCGGCUUCUACGAGGUGGUGGAUGCCAGACUGGUCUCUGUGUUCGAUGCGAGGGAACUAGAGCUGGUCAUCGCGGGCACCGCCGAAAUAGACCUGAGUGACUGGAGAAACAACACCGAGUACAGAGGAGGGUAUCACGACAAUCACAUUGUUAUUCGGUGGUUCUGGGCUGCGGUGGAGAGAUUCAACAAUGAACAACGCCUGCGGUUGUUACAGUUUGUGACGGGCACGUCCAGCAUUCCCUACGAAGGCUUCGCUUCUCUCCGAGGAAGCAAUGGCCCCAGAAGGUUCUGUGUGGAAAAGUGGGGGAAAAUCACCGCGCUUCCCAGAGCUCACACGUGUUUCAACCGCCUGGACCUCCCCCCGUACCCCUCGUUCUCCAUGCUGUAUGAGAAGCUCCUGACAGCGGUUGAAGAGACCAGCACCUUUGGACUUGAGUGACCGGAAGCCCAGUGCCCGGCUGCAUGGGGACAGGCGGUUGGGGAAGCUGCCCUCCCAGGAUGGCCCACCACGGGGAGGGCCAGAGCGGGUUUCCAUCCGAGUAACGCCUUCACUUGACAAGUCUAAGCCACGUUUGGGGACUGGAUCUCGGUGAGGAGUCCUCUCUGAAGGAUGGGGGUGAGCUUGAUGCCCAGGGGACAACCCAACAGUCUUUCAAUCAGCAGGUCCUGACUCCCACGCUUCUUCCCAUUCGUUGCGUUCCAAGACCAAGAUGAACCUGUGCGGGUCAGCUCAAGGUCACUGUGCAGGGACUUGGGAGAAUCUUGAAACUUAACCUUGAACGUGAUUCAAGCCAAACCGCAGCCCUUGACCCGAUCUCCAAAUUAGUGCGAGUUCAAUAAUGGAAUAAAAACACGUGUAUUUCCCAAAAGUACCUUUGUGUGAGCCCCAAGUUAUCACAGAAUAUUCCUUUUCUUGCUUAUGUGUGCCUGCAUGGUGUGCACGUAGGUUUCAGCUUCCACGGGACCCGAGUGGAAAUGAAACCAAGUCAACAUGAGGCAACUUUAAAGAUUUGCAAUAAGGUGGUCUGUGACGAUGGAUAUGCAAAGUGGUCUGUGUGUCAUUAUGGCUGGAGACAGACUGUUCCACAGGGAAUUACUACCGACAGAUUGUAUGCUCUCUAAUGCAUGGAAACAAUUUUAAAUAACUAGCGAUUAACUCACAGCAUAUCAGAAAAAAGUCCACGGUGAGUUCUGUUCAUUUUUUUUUAUAGGUUCAUGAUAUUUAUGUUCUUUGAGGUGUAUAUAGGAACCCACCUGUCCUACUGUUCGUGUUGCCCGAUCCAUUUCCAUGUUCCAUGCUUACUUGGGCAUCAUGCUAGUAGGUAUCCUUUUAAGCACUGUCCAGGGAACCAAAGGGCCUUUUAUUUUUCUAAAGGUACAAAAAAAUUCCCCGAAAUAUUUUGCACUGAAUGUACCAAAGUUGAAGGGACGUUACAAGAUGACUGACAGCAACUCCAUCACUGGGCAAGUAUAACAGGAAACAGCUUGGAAAUUCAGACUUCUCCACAGUGCCAUGUCUACCACUACAGGACUGUGCAUCUAAGUAAUAAUUUUUUAAGACUCACGAUAUGUGAUAGUACGAUAUGCAUUUAUUUAAAAUGCAUUAGACUCUUCCAUCCAUCAAAUACUUUACAGGAUGGCAUUUAAUAAAGAUAUUUCGUACCCCACCCCCCUGCUUUUUAUUUGUACAGCAUCAUGAAACACCGGGCUCACUGAGGGAGCCAUCAGCAACACCUAAGGGGUCAGCUCUCUUUAGUAACGAGAAUUCCAUCUCCCUCGUCGGUGAAGAUGUCACAAACGGAAACCCUCAGUACUCUUUCCAAGCCUGCAUUUUCACCGAUGCAUAAAUUCCUUAUCAACAUAAGGAAACAGGUCUUCUAGGAUACCUCGGACAUUGCAUGACACCACUAAUGUUACACUUGCUUAGUUUUCUCAGAGGGUGUCCUUCGUUUCUACUGCUUUCGGGUUUUUUCCACAUCGUUGUUUAUUUCUGGAUGUAUGGCCAUAACUCAUCAGAGGUUCAAUGCAGCGAAGUUAAAUGGUGAAUAAUAAAAGCGUUGGAUUAACAUUUGGUUUGCCAGCCUAUGGUUUUACAGGCAUUGCCCGACCACUUCUCUGAGCUAUAAGUAGCCGUGGGAUCCUCGUUGGGGGAUGUUGGCGGUCUUACACUUUGUAAAGGUCAUGUGCGUGGGUUUUGUAGGUUGGUCUUAAGAGCAGAUUGCCCCCCUGUUGGGUGAGCUGCAUUCACUGCUGGAGUCUCGAGAGGAAAGCCACUCAGGCUGCGUUCCUGCACUAGAGGCAGAUGCUGCCGGGCGGGGAAAUGUUCUGAAAUAAAGACCCCAAAGCUCGCAGGUGGGGAAGGAAGGGGUACCUGUGUCCUGUCAUUGGACCAGAAACUAAGGGAAGAGAAAAACUUUUAACUGGAACAAUUAGUGUGUACUUACUGACCAUGAAUGUAAGUAUUUUUAAUUUUGCAAAUUAUUUUUACUUGUUGAUAUGUUUUCAUUACAAGGGAAAUCAUAUAAUAUACUUUAUUUAAAAAACGACAUUUUUAAUGGUAAUGUGAUGUUUCAGAGCCGGCAUUCUCUAAACAGCUGAAAUUGAAGGUGGCAUUUCUUUCAAAAAUACAUUCCUAGACCACGUGAGCUUUCAUUUUGGUCUGUGACACUUGGUUACCAUACUCCACAUUAUCAGGUAAAAGAAAUUUGAAGUAAAGUGUAUCUCUUUAAUUAUUUCUAAGAAAUAUAUUUAUUUGUUAGGGCAUCCAACUUCUCGUAUAACAGUAUAAGCACCUAGCUGCUACUGUUCUCAGAAUUGGGGAUUCUCAAAGAUGUACUUAGCCUAUCAAAACACCAUGGUUACUGACCUUUUUUUUUUCACUAGUAAAACAAAAACUCCAAUAAUCACUUUCUAGAAUAUUAAAUAUCAUGUCCACAGAAUAAUUUAGUCUUGAAUAUACUCUACAAUUAGAAACAUCCAUAUAUUUUUUUCUUCUGGACUGUGAACUGGGUAACUCGCUGUAUGGCCUUGUUCCUUUAAGAAGCUCUUAAGUGAUACUCAUACUGCCCCGUCUUAUAGCAUAAAAGACAGUCACGAUGCAUCAUGUACGUACGUGAGAAUCUCUGAGAUGAGAGGAGAGGCACAGUGUUGGCAUUCGCCCGUGUCAGCCACUGUGUCUGAUCAUGGAGCUGCAAAUUCGAAAUCCGCCCUUGAGAAGUUCAUGGUCUAGAGGAGUAGACACCAAGGUUCAAAAAAGUCUUUUCAAUAGAAUUUGGUUUGUUCUACCAUUAAGGGAUGAGAAGAGAAUGGUUUGCUCCAUCUGGGAAGUCACUGAAGGCUUCAUACAUGGGCGCUACUGUAGCCGAGGAAGGAAGGGAGGAAGGUCACAUAAUGCCCUGUCUGUUGGGGCUAAAGGCAUGUCAUAGCGUGUUGGUACUGGUCAAGUGCUGGAGCCCAUGGUGCAUUCAUGCACAAGGGUUUGAAGUGUGCGUGUGGGGAGCUGAACCUGAAGGAACAACUGGAGGGUCUUCAGAUUGUCCAAGAAAUGCCCCAGUGAGAUGUGGCCCUUUCCCGGUUCCUCUGGUCUGCACUCCAGUGUACCUUCCGUUUUCACUGUGAGAAAUGCCAGUCCUGAGCCCAACCCGCUUCUGGGGUCGAAACGUUUUUCUUGUGCAAAAACGAAUGGAUCUUGGUCAGAGAAGCGUGGUCAUCAUUUUCUAGCAUCUGUUGUGCUUAUGACGACUUAGUAGAAAUUCUGUAAUAAGUGAAGGGAAAUCUGUGUCACCUGCAUAAGAAUCCUUAUGGUAAAACGGCGUUCAGAUGAUGAAUGGCAAUGGUCGCACCUGUUUGUGUCGCACUUUAGAGUGUCAGAGGACUUCCGGGGCAUCAUCUCUCCAUCCUCACACACUUCGUGGGGUCGAAGGUAUCACGCCCCAUCUGGCUUGAGGCUGGUGUUCGUGGCUGGCUGGUGAGAUGUUUCAGUACUUUAUAGUUACAAUUCUAGGUUUCGCCACCAGAGAUGGAGAGGCUAAUGUUUCUACCAGCAUGUUUCGCUUUCAGUGAAUUUUGCAAGAUGAUUCAUCUACCAAAGGCUCACUUUUUCAAACACUCUAAAAUGUGACGCCCUCAGAAAAGCCCAUGAAGAGAUGAGUACAGUACAUUCCUGGAAAAAAACUCCCCAUACGCUUAACGGUUGCAUUUUACUAUUUGUUAUAAGAAAUGAAAAACAGAAUGCCCAAUGUGAUUGCUUUUGGUGGAUUUAUGUAGUAUAGCAGUUGAGUUUUCUCAAAUACUAUUUGGAAGCAACAUCAUGGAAAAAGGGACUUUAAUCAAAAGCCUUCUUUUAAUUUUUCAUUUUUAGUAGAAAGCCCUGGUAGCGGAGUGGCAGUGAUAUGGAUGAAGAAACUACUGCAGGGUUGGUGUUUUUUUUUCCUCUCUGUUCUCACAUUCAUCCAAUUUCUUUCUUUCUUUCUACACAAAUUGUAUUUAGAACAUGACCACUUCUAACUAAGACAAACAUCUUUCAAUGAAGAGUCUAAAAGUCUUUCCAGUUUAAACCCCAUCCAGGAAAUCCCCCAGGCAGGUGGAAUGAUGCUAUGUGGUCAUUAAGAGAUAUGUGUAAGUCUGCACAGUCAGAGCAUGCAAGUGAAGACUCAUCUCCAAACCGAGUCUGAGCUGCAGGCCCUUCGUUCUCUCUGACCUGCUUUCUGAUUUAGAUGAUGAGUGUGAACACUAGAUCUCAGGCACCUUCCUCCCAUCGAAUUUGAGUUUAGAUCGAGACUGUCACUUCCAAUUAAAUUCCAAUCUUUGCAAAAUCCAUUAACUGUGCAGUUCGAUUGUGCUUUCCAGGUAGGUGUGUUUGUCUAACACGGAAGCAGAGGGAUCCCAGAGACAGUAAAGCUUUCUCAUUUCUAAAUGGUGGCUUAAAGCCAACCAACUGCUCCCUGCUGGGUGAUAAAAAACGAAAAAGCAAAAAAGACGUGCCCUGCCCGCCAGGAACACAAUGCUAAUUACUGACAACAGCCCAGACAGGGGUGGUCACUGCAUUCCGGGAGGGGAGUGUGUGGGACUAGCAGUUGUUAAGGGAGCACUGUAACGGGGAAGCUGAAACAAGGGAGGGAGGAUCCUGUAGGGCUUGCUGGUGGGGUCGGAGCAAACAUUGAGUCUGGUUUCUGACUUUGAGGAAAAGCGUGCCACGGUGCCUAAUGAGGGCGCUGCUCGCUAAACCCCCUCUUGGGAAUAGCCCGUUUUCUAAGUUCGGCGGGUCGAUGACAUUUUGGGAUUGCGAAACAGAAUGUAGCCCCCACUAUUAGAGCCAGCCAGAGCUUCCAUCAGGGGAGUCAGUAAUUUAGUAUUAAAUCCCAUUGUGGAUAUUUUUAAACUUAAGAAGCAUUGUUACUACUAUUGAACUUCGUACAUGAAAUAGAGGAAAGGGUGUUGCUUGGCUUAUUCCACGGAAUGUGUUUUCCAGUAGACGUUCUUUGGCGUUCGAAUAGCUUUUGAGACAUUUUCAUGGUUUCUAGUGGUGACUUCAAUGUCCUCUGUUAGUCUAGAAGGCGAAAACCUAAGAACUGGGUUCCUGAAUUUCAAAUGGAGACCUAGUCAGUGUUUCCAACUUUUCAGGAAGUGAAUCAAGACUAAAAAGACAUUUGCUUAGACUUACGAUGCGGAGUAGUUGGCUUUCAUGAUGGGCAGGUCAGCAGCUUGGGCAGGCCCCGUUUCCCGGGGAACACAGGAACACUACAUUCAUGUGCGUGGCUUUUACUUCUGGUCGCCUUGGGCAGGCGAUGUCUUUGUAUCUGAUUUUUCUUUGAAGAUAUUACAACCCUGAGGCAUGUUGAUCUGUAUGUUGUGUGAUUCAAACUGAAUUGGCUGUUACUGAUGCCAAUGAGGAAUCAUCAGUAAACUUCUGGUUACUAUCACCUUCUGCAAAAAAAAAGGGGGGGGUGGUGAAUAACAUUCAAGAAAUACCUUGGAAGGAUUAACUAAGAACCAAAUGUUCUUUUAGGACCUUAAUGCUCUAAAAGAUGUUAUUACAACCUAUUUAUGUUUCUUUACAUGCUAUCAUAGGUAAAAUUUGAGGCUGUUAAUAUUUGGAACGUACAUAAGAUUACAUGUUUUUACAAUAGGGAUGCAGGCAUUCCAAAGUAAAUGAAAAUACAUGCAUCUCUCUUGCCUCUUACUGAAAGUAUUAAUCCAAUUUUAUAAUAAUGCUUACUUUUUAAUAUGAAGGCUCUGCAAAAAAAAAACAUAUUUAUUUCUAAGAUUUCAGUAGAGCCCAGGUGAUGUAUUUUUUUAAAGCCUUGCCAUUUCCUUUCACCACCUCCACCUACUGUGUCUACCACACCACGUAUCAUAGGUAAUAGCUUUGUUUCUAUUUUAUUGAGUUGAUUUUGAAUUCAUACCUAGUCAAUGUGACUUUUCAUAGAGAAUAAUAACAGGAGGCAUUUGCUAUUGGCAUUAAGAUUAUACAGCUCUCAUUUCACCUUAUAUUUAAAGUUCAUCUUUUAUUUUUUUUCAAAGCAAACAAUGCGGAUUGUUGACAUCCUAGAAGUGAUUCGCGGGUGGUAUUAAGUGGAGCCUGAAACUCUGACAUGUAGACUCCUUGUUUGUUUUCUGCAAAGUCUGUGUUCUUAUCCUCAUCUGACCCCCUGGCUUUUGUGUUGUAUUUUUUUAUGAUUCUGAAAUGCUUUGAAGGAAAGAUAUUUUAAUGUGUACAAUUUAUUUUAUUUUCAUACUGAUCUCUAUUUUGUUUAAAACCAUGUUGCAUCAUGAAAUCACUUAAUCCAAAAUAAAUCUUCUUUAAAAAAA